CUUCCUAGCGGGAAGAGCAGAGCAGUCCACUCCGGAGAUCCGGAUACAGCAGAUCUAUGCAAAAUGAAGCUAUCCAGAGCGGAAUAUAAUGAAAUAGCGAAGUUCACAGAGAAGCUGAGACCCACACGUCAAUGUCUGAGGAUGCUCAAAGAGAGAUUCCCCAGUCACUCGCAGUCCACUCUCCUGAGCGUCUUCUCCCUCCAGUACCAGAAGCGAAUCAAAAGGACGAUCUUCAGACACCACACACCAGAAGCUAUUGAAACGUACUACAAAAGGUAUCAGACUGAAGCCCAGACUCACCCCGCUGACCCUGUGCUGCUGGACAUGGCCAACGAGGUGGAUCUGUCUCCUGCUCUGAUGGCUCGUCUCAUCCUGGACAGGUUCCUCCAGGACUCGAACAGCGGGACACCCUCCAAAUCGGUUCUGAACAGCAUGCUGAAGGAGCCAUCUUUGAUUCCAGACCAAACGUUGGCCAAGAAUAUUUACCAAUGCACAAUAAACGACUGCUGUUAUGGGCCGCUGGUAGACUGCAUCAAACAUGCGAUUGGCCAGGAGCACGAAGUUCUGCUGAGGGACAAGCUGAAGGAGAGGAACAUGUCUUUUUUAGAUGAAACGCAGCUGAGGACCAUGGGCUAUGACAAAACACCAGACAUUAUCCUGGAAGUUCCUGUUGCUGUCGAUGGCCAUAUUGUGCACUGGAUUGAAAGCAAGGCGUCAUUUGGAGAUGACUACAGCCACCGGACCUACCUCAACGAGCAGUUCUGGAGCUACUGGAACAGGUUCGGUCCGGGUUUGGUUAUUUACUGGUACGGUUUCAUCGCCGAGCUCGACUGCCAGCGCGAUCGGGGCAUCAUGCUUAAAGAGUGCUUCCCCGAGGACAUCGUCACCCUGUACCAAGCGGGUCAAACGCACGCCCAUGCCCAGCCCAGAGGUGAACCCGGGUCCAGCCAGCCCAGUCCUCAGUGAAGGAUGAGGGGAUGAAUAGGAGGAAGGAGAGAGGAGGGGAAGAGGAACACUUAAGUCGGCACCGCGCAAAUCCGGAAGCAAUUUGGAUUUCCUGACGCGAGACGUACACGGAGACAUACACAGAGACAUGGAGAAGGGACAGCGGCCAAAAGAUCAGAUUGAACUUCCAGUGAACCGGGCUCUCCGUCUGACCCUUAGCACCGGAUUGUACUGGUUUGGAGGGAAAUGUAAGAUGAAAUGUUCAUGUUAGCUAAGGGAAUACAAACUAUAGUAUAAACA